AUGAAACGUAUCAUCAGCUAUGGUGUAUCUGUUAUAACCUCGACCAAUGUUGCAACUCAUGUUUCAACUACCAAGCUUGCUAAAUACUCCUCAUGUAAAGGUGUGUGCAGUGAUCUAUGUGAUAGGCUUGCGGCUAAACAAGAAAAGAUCAAUGGUGAAACAACUGAUGUAAUUUUAGAUGUCACCAUGGGUACAAGUGUCAGAGGUGAAGGAGAAUGGACAACAGUAGGAGCAACUGAUAUGUCACCACAAGGGGUAGAUGUUGUAGAUAAAGGGCCAACGAGUGCAGGGGCAUGCUCAACAAUAGAGGCAGCUGAUGUAAUUGCCGACAAUGGCUGUGAAAGGGUAAUAGAUGAAAGUGGUGGGCCUGGAUUUGAAGUGGAAGCAGUAUCCAUUGUUGAAAAGGUCUUUCGUGGGCCUCGUGUUGUGGACGUCCGCUGUUGUAUACGGAUAUCACAUGGACGCUCAGUAAUUGACGCUGCAACUGGUGGCUGCCUAAUGUCAGGCGGUCCUGAAUAAGACACUGGGGCUCAUAAAGUGCCUCCAAACACUUGGAGCUCAUAUCUUUGAGAUGGGCCAUAGCCUCCAAGAAAGUAAUCAAGUUCAGAUGACCCUCAAUCGUCUAAUGUACAGUGUGAUGUGUCCGUGAAUGUCUCCUCCUACAUAAACAUAUGAAUAAAGUAUUACCUGAAUAUGAUGUAAUGAUGGUAAGAUGUAAGCAAAUAAUUACAAAUGUGUACCAGUAACUCAAUGACAAUACCAACAAGCUGAAACCAACAUCAGGCCUGGGAAUAGGUUAACUAUCAAGACAACGAGUACUGUGUCGAAACCAUACCAUAUAUGAAUCUGUGGGAUCCAUCGGACCAUGGCUGGACUCUCCCACAAUACUAUUAUCCUGACGCUGGGCUCACCUCUCAAUAUAGGUCCGAUGAAAAGAAAUUCAGUCAUGUCCUGCCCUGCCACGACGAUUAGCAUAAACAUCCCUACUAGUAUCACAUGCCCCAAAUAUACAUUGUGUAAAACCAUAUUGUCGAAUAACAUGGGUGAGAAAUGUCACUAAACCACAUCAAAACAUGAGGGUGAUUGUUUUCUCCACAUAUCUUGAGCUACAAGGCAAUAGUCUCGUAGCCAAGCCAAUGCAUCAAGUGUAUGAUUAUUACAUCAUCUG